AUGUACUCGCAAAGGCAAUAUUAUUUUUCUCGGCUGGCCAGGUCGCAUCCAAUACUCAAAUUCAUUAACGUUUAUGAUCGUCAGUCGUUUAUACGUGAAUAUAUUUUGGAUAACAUUUUUAUUUGCGUUUUUGCAUAUAUAUUUUUCUACGUUACUCUUUGGUACGCCAAUCGGGUUAUGAAGAGAAUUGAAAAAUCAAAUCAAGAAAUGCUGACUACUGUUGAAAAAAAUAGAAAUAAAUUAGCGGAUGUGGUUGCUUUGAAAAAUAAACGACAAGAGUACGAAGAAGUAGUAAUGAAAGCCAAAGGAGCACAGAGAAUCACGGCACGGCAUUUAGAAAACGAAAUAAAGAAGAUAAAUUACGAAUUGAUGAUGACGACCGACAAGUUGGAGGCUUUGGAGAGAAUUCUACAGAAAGUAAAUGUUCAAAAUAUGGCUUGUGUCGAUGAAUUUCAGCGUACAACUGGUGGAAAAUCGCGCAACAAGGUCCUCGAGUUUACACAGCAGGAAGGUGAAUGCACGGAAGGUUCGAACUUUGUCACAGACUCGCUUGAAAAUGUCAAGAUUAUGGAACCGUCAUUCCCGCCAACAACUCCUCCGCCACGGAAAUACGGUAUCUUUGUCCCUCGACCGAUUAAGGGACGCAGUUCACCUCCGAGAAUCGGAUUCAAUUCAUAA